UGUGGACCAAGAAUGCGUUACUCCUCUGCCUAUUAAAGGGCUUAAAGUUUGAGUGCAAACAUUUCAAAAACCAUCAUCACCUCCUCCUGAUCUCUCUCUAUCUCUCUCCCAACCCCAGCUGGCCACUUGUUCAUUAACUUUUAGCAGCUUUCAUAUGCUCCAUCGUGUACUACAGAUUAACCAUGGAAGGCAAAUCUAGCUUAGAGUCUACCCUUCCUCCAGGUUUUAGGUUCCACCCCACCGACGAAGAGCUCAUCCUAUGCUACCUAAGAAAUCGGGUGAUUUCCAACCCCUACCCUGUCUCCAUAAUCUCCGACGUCGAUAUUUAUAAGUUCAAUCCAUGGGAUCUGCCUGAGAAGGCAGAGUAUGGGGAGAGGGAGUGGUACUUCUUCAGCCCUCGGGACCGAAAGUACCCCAACGGGGCAAGGCCUAACCGGGCGGCAGCCUCCGGUUACUGGAAGGCAACAGGGACGGACAAGCCUAUCUACAGCGGGCCACACUUCGUGGGGGUCAAGAAGGCUCUCGUCUUCUACAAGGGCCGCCCUCCCAAGGGUGUGAAGACAGACUGGAUCAUGCACGAGUACAGGCUCGCCGAUCACCAUAACCACAGCGCUGCCGCCAGGCCCAAGCAUCACGGCUCGUCCAUGAGGCUGGACGAUUGGGUACUGUGCAGGAUAUACAGAAAGAAAAGUUUCGAAGCAGCAGCAGAAGUGAAGCAUGGUACUGGCCACGAGGAUGGCGCUGGCGCCAUCUCCUUCCAACCUGUGGCCGGUGACAGCAGGAACGAAGAACAGCAGGCACUGAAAUUUCCGAGACCACCUUCCUUCGUCAACCUAAUAGGCGGUGCCGACUGCAUGGGGAUGCCAGACCACCUUAUGCCUGCAAACCACUUCGGUUACGGCGAUUUCUCUUUUCCAAUCUCAUGCGAAGACGAAAGCAUCAUCACCAGCGGUUCAAGUAGCCAUCACCAACUCAUGAUGAGCGGUACCGCUGCUUACCAUACAUGCCCUGCAUUUAGCAGAACCCUGUGAAGAAAUAGGACUAAUUAAAAAAAUUUGUUGUCAGAAGUGCUUGACUUUGUGAAUAAUCUUAUCUCUUUGGGUGCAA